CUUCUCUUUACAUGGUGGAGCAGGCUUCAUUUAGUACAUGAGGGUUGAAAAAUACUCAUAUAUGCGUCGUGCAAGUUGUAGACGACUUGUUUGGAUAUUCUUCUCUUGUUUCUUGACAUUCUUCAUACCAGAUUUUAUACUACACCAUGUAGGCGGCCUGACCACUUCAGCAUCUCGCAUGGCCUGGCGUGAGAAAAUUGCACUUGUAUUCUUAUUUUUAUUCUCUGCCGCCUUCUUUUGCUUUUGGUUAGAAUAUAUAUCCAGCCUAUUUUGUGAUCCUGAAAGAACAUAUGACUUUGAUACAGUCUUUUCCAACGAAUCAAGGUUUACUGCCAUCAAUGGAAAAGCAGUCAACUGGCAUCAUUAUGAAGGCCCACCUAAUCCAAUGAUAGACUACGUUAAUCAACAUGCUCAUCAAGAUCUGUCCUGGAAUUUUCCUACUUUUUUAGACAAUCGUUUUGACUGUCUAUAUGGUAAAGAGGAUCAAGUGGCUGCUUGGUUAGAACAUCUGAUGACUACUGAUAUUGGCUAUAAAUUCAUCGAUGGGGAAUUAGAGAGUUGCCCUAUACCAGGUGCUCGUAAUAUUACAGGUGGUCCUUGCUUUUAUGGCAAUGCCGUAGAGGAGACUUUGAAUACGCUGCUUAUCCAAGGAGAUAUCAUGUAUAAUCCAACUGAAAUUUACAAGUUGUAUAACGCUUUACCUACACCCACCAAUUCUACGAAACAAGCAUUUGUCAUCUUGGAUGGAUAUGCGCUGGAUGUAACAACAUAUUUAACCAUGGCAACCAACAUUGUCUCACUUUCAUCCACCAUGAGCUCUCGAUCAUUUGCGCUCGACCGCAUGUUUUUACCGUUAGAUUUGACCAUGUUUCUCUACAUCAACCUAGGACGAGAUAUAACACCUUAUUUUGCAGGCAAUGUCAGUAACUCGGAUCUGUAUCGAAAAUGUCUUGUUCAGUUAUUUAAAAGAGGGGUUGUCCCAUCCUAUGUGUCAUCAGGAUGUUUGCGUAUUAACCCAGCGCUUUGGGCUACCAUGGGAGCUGGGUUGCUGUACUUCUUUGUCAAGAUGAAUUUAGCUUACCUUUCUCGAGUUUCGUUUGUUCAACGUUUAUUGUUCUCAUCGGCGCCCGAAAGUUCGGCCUUCUUGUAUAGUGGCGGUGGUAGUCGUGUAUGGCCGCAUACGAUCUUAAUGGUACCGUGCUUUGCAGAGUCAGCAGAUACCUUGAAACAGACUUUAGAUACGCUUUCGAGAUCCGCCUAUGAAGAUGAUAAAAAGCUCUUAUUGUUCGUAUGUGAUGGUAUCACCACCAGCGCGCAGGAACAGAAAGAAACGCAUACUUUGCUAUUGGAAUACCUUGGUUAUAGUUGUACAGAAGAUCCGUUCCCUCAGCCUUAUACUUCUUUAGGUCAAGGGCGUAAACGUACCAACUAUGCAAGAGUCUAUUCUGGGUAUUAUGAAACAGGUCGUAAUCGGGUUCCUUACCUGGUUAUUGUGAAACUAGGUCAGCGACAGGAGCAAGUGAGGGAGCUAAAAAAGAGGGAGGCGCCACCUGGGAAUCGAGGUAAACGAGAUUCUUUAGUGCUUGUAUUUGGGUUUCUUGAACGAUGUAUGAACCUUGCAAAUAAUUUGAUCACACCGUUGGAUUAUGAGAUCUUUAACCAAUGCUAUAAUGUACUGGGUAUCGAUCCAAGGUACUUUAAAUAUAUUCUUGUUACAGAUGCCGAUAUCCAAGUACAGAGUGAUGUCGUACAAAAGUUCGUCACACGCUUGGAAGGAGACCGCAAGAUGUUGGCUGUAAGUGGCCAUGUACGACCUGCCAAUCCUGAAGAGAACUUGACAACCAUGUUACAAAUCUUUCCUGUCUAUAUGGCAUUUUAUUCUUGUCUGGCAUAUGAAGCAUGUCUAGGUAGUGUCAUGACCAUUCAAGGUGGACUUGUCAUGUAUAAAAUAUGGACAGAAAAUGUGCCUCAUCCCACAAAAAAAUUCACCAAGAAAUGGAAGUUAUUGCAACAACAACAGCAACAGCAGAAUAGUAACCAUACAUCUCAGCAAUCGUUUCAUACCCAUAAAUGGCCUAAAUUAAGUGAUGAGAUUAUGAUUCGUAACCCGUUUCAGGAUCCAUCUACCACCCGACGUAGUAGCUCAAGUGAUACUACCAUCACUACCACCACCACUUCCUAUCAUCAUGAACGACCUGAUUCGCGUUUAGUUUUGUCCGCACGCGUGGAUAUUCGAGCAUGCUGUGUUCAUCCUACAGUACUUAGAGGAAUUAGCACACCGCAGGCAACUACCAUGCAUAUGCAAAGUGUACUAUUACUAGGCGAAGAAAAGAUGAUGCCGAUUGUACUACUGAAAUCACACCCAGGACAUCGACUUGGGUUUGAGCCUGAUGCUGUGGGAUAUGCCACAUUACCCACCAAUUUUUUCGCUUUGCAAGGUCUUCAAGCUCGAAAUAUUCGAGCAGCACUUCAUAACCAACUUGAGAUGCAGCGUGUCUCUUGGCAAUUGGGUAUCACGUAUUGGAUCCUUUCAACCACCGAAAUUCUAGACCUGAUCUUUUCCAUGCCGGUCAUUGUUUACUUGUAUGGCAUCUUUGGUCGAUCCGUGAAACAACGUGCUAUUGCCUACAUCAUUAUUGCGUUAUCAUUUACAGGUUUGGUUGUAUUGCAUAUCCUGUUUUUUCUGUUCCGAAGGCAAUUCAGGUACAUUCUUUGGUUCGUUCUGUACUGUCUUUUCUCUCUGCCCUUAUUUGCUAUUUGGUUUCCAUUGAUUUCUGUUUGGCAAAGUGACAGUGCGCAUCAAUGGUAUGAUGUUUGGCCCAUCCAAAAGGGGUAUAGUGGCAACUCUAGGCUGCAUGGUAUCAUUGAUACAGAUAUCCAUAAAAAAGAAGACGCCGAAAAAAAGGACGAAGAUACGGAGGACAAUUAUAACGAUGAUGUACCUCGUCUGAGAUUAAGUGAACACGAAGUAGUAGAAGCAAGAAGAGUACAUCAAGCUGCAGAAGCUGCAUUAGACUCAAACUUUACUGGAUUUACAGGCUUUGUGGAUGCAGAUGUCUUGCCCGGUGAACCUGAAAUUACUUCACCUCCAUUAGCUCAAGUGAGAGACGGACUCCAUUUGACACGCAUUACUACUAAUUAUAGACCCCCUAGUGUAGAACUCUAUGGUGGGAGCACAUGGAGACAACGAUACCCCAAUGAAAAGGAGACCUCGUCUCCUAUCCAGUCUUUUCCGGACACAUAUAACCCAUUUGAUGACGAGUUUCAAACAAGAGCGCAAUCAGAAGAAAGUAAAAGACAUCGACAAAGCCAUUCACAGUCUUCGUAUUUUACCUAUCUCUCACGUAACAGCUUACAACAAGAUACAAAGGCAGCGCCUACGGAUACUUUACCUAGCAGUUUAAACAGUAGUGGAUUUGCAAAAAUUCAAGAUGGUGGUGGAUAUGUAGAAAACAUGAUGAUGACAGAUGUAUCACCUAUUAUUGUAGAUGAACGAAAAGAAGAUACACAAUUUGAUAGAGCGUCGACUACCCUUUCGAUUAAAUCCAAUACGUUUUCUGUCAUUGCCCAUCAUACUUUACACGAGGACGAAGAAGAAGAGGAGGAAGAGUUGCCACGACAUCAAAGAUUAAUGCAUUAUGAAUAUAAACCGCGUACACCGGGAGCUGAUGAAGGACGAAAGACGGCAUUACAUAAUUUUAGUAGUUCAGUGAAUAUACGUCAAACCAAUGAUGCAAGGCGAUUAUUGAUUAAACAUGCAGUACCUUCUUCCAACUCACUUUCACGUCAUUAUGAAGCGAAUCAUGCUCCUCCUAUCAGCCUGCGUACUCAACCGUCUAAAGUGAAUUUGAUUACGCAUGAUAUGACUAUGCCAGAGAUACAACAUACCAUCAAGGCAGAAAUCAAAAGUUAUUUAUUAAAAGCGGAUCUAGCUACCACGACACGAGCACAAGUCAAGUUACAUCUGGCACAGCAUUUUGGGAGUUUAAGGAUAGAUGAACAGGAUGAUAAAAUGAUGGAUUUUAUUAGCGAUUGUACAGAACAAAUAACAUUUGAAUUACUGAAUUAAAUUAAUAAAGAACGAAAGGCUUUCUACAGUCAAUAAUAAUAAUAACAUA